GCGGUGCUGCCCCAUUAGCAUCACUUUUGGACGUGUAGGAUGCAGACAGCUGCUCUGUUCCCUACCUAAGUUUUGCUCCAUAAGACAUCACAUCUAGAAAACGUAAUAGGUUUCCGUCUUUGUCGUAAGCGUGCAUGUUGAAUGGAACUGUGUUCCGACCAUGCGCAUUCUUGGUGAGUGUUAGGUAUCCGAGUAACGGGUGAUUUGUGGCGGCAGCGCACUCGAUGACGGUGUAGUUUCAAAGUGCCGUCACUCAACAUGUACGCGCUGCUGGAUUUCUCGGAAUGCGUCGCGGAUUCUCCUGACUUCAGGCGGAACCUGGAUCAAUGUGAGGAGGACGUUUCUCUGCUACAGACACAGCUGGACAAGGUAACGAGGUUGUGCGGCAAGAUGGUGGAGGCGGGACAAGUAUACAAUGCAGCCAAUCAGACGUUCCUUGCAGGCCUGUCUGAGCUUUUCUCACUCCACAAGGAGGACAGCGUCAUUGCGCACACCUUACUCAAAUGAUCAGGAUCAAUGUCAGGCUCCUGCAGAGCUUGCUGAUUAUUUGAAUCAGAACUGCCUGAGCCAGUUCAAGCAAGGCCUGCAGGAGCUGCUCACUUUCCACACUAUGUUGCUGGAUCAGAGUCAGCGAGCCAUCAGCCAUCAGCUCAGUAGCCUAUGCAACCAAUUCCUGCCUCAGCUGGCGGAAACACGUGAUGAGUUUCUGCGUAUCGGUGACGAUCUGGACACUGCGACUCUGAAGAAUGCUCAAGUGUCUCGACACAAGACCGUUGAGGCCGAAAGAGCGAGUCACCUGCUCAUUGCGACACGGAAAUGCUACCAACACUUUGCCCUGGAUUACUGUCUGCAGCUCAACACAUUCAAGACUCAGCAGAGAGUGGACUUCUUGAACUCGGUGUUCUCCUUGGUCAACGCUCAGCUGACAUUCUUCCAUCAAGGCUUUGACCUGCUCCGAGACCUUGAGCCCGGCAUGAAGGUCAUGGCCACACAGUUGCGCGAGCGCUCAGCUCAGUGUGCGAGCAAAAGGAAAGAGCUGGAGAACAAUCAUUUGCUGGUCCAGCAACAAGAUGCCUCAGGAGAGACGCUUUUCCAGUUGGGUCGUGGGACUGACGACAUCAUCCAAGGUUACCUCUUCAAACGCUCCCGCAGGAAGGCAAAAAUGUGGAAGAGAUGCUGGUUCUCCAUCAGAGACAACCAACUCAUCUACAGGAAGUCACACAAAGAGGCGUCCACGCUUCUGUUUGAGGACCUGCGAUUGUGUGCCGUCAAAUCUUUGGAGGACCUGGACCGACGAUUCUGCUUCCAGUUGAUGUCUGUGCACAAGUGUUGUGCCCUUCAGGCCGACUCUGAGCAAGUGAGGCUGGCAUGGAUGGAAGCGUUACAGGGUAGCAUCGAUAUGGCAUAUCGCGAGCGAGGCCAAGCCACGCCCACACAGCCUCAGGAGCCCCUCGCGCCGAGCGGCGGUGACAACGCUGCGGCCAAUCAGAGGACGGCGGUGCUGGGCGUGGCUCUGCAGGGGGCCGGCAACCGUUGCUGCUGCGACUGCGGCGAGGAGGAACCACGAUGGGCAGCCGUCAACUUGGGCAUCACGGUGUGCAUUCAGUGCUCAGGGAUUCACCGGAGUCUGGGCGUCCACGUGUCAAAGGUGCGCUCACUUACGCUGGACUCAUGGGAAGCUGAGCAACUCAAGCUGCUGUGCGUCCUCGGAAAUGAUGUCAUCAACAACAUUUACGAGGCACGGUGUUUGCACAGAGUCAAACCCACCACGGAGAGCCCGCAUGCUGAAAAGGAAGCUUGGAUACGAGACAAGUACGUCGAGAAGACCUUUGUGAGGCGGAAUGGCGACGAAGAUGGUCCAAUGCGUCAUGACAACUUUGAGGCCUCGCUACUCUUGCAUCUCUACCGAGCCGCGGUGGCUGGAGACCUGGUUGCCUUGGUGACAGCUCUGGCCCAAGGGGCACCAGUGAAUGGGAGCCUGGCCCAGGAGGAAGGACGGACCGCUCUCAUUGGGGCUGCCCAAGGGGGGUCGCUGUUGGCAUCCGAGUUUUUGCUCCUGAACGGCGCCAACAUUAACCACAGAGACCUGAGAGGACAAGGAGCUCUGCACGCAGCAGCCACCGCUGGACACACCGGGCAGGUGUGUCUGCUGCUGAAGCGAGGAGCCAAUCAGUACGCAGUGGAUGAGAGUGGACGCGACCCACUUGCCAUCGCAGUGGAAACGGCACACGCUGACAUCGUCACGCUGCUGCGCAUGGCCAGAAUGAACGAGGAGAUGCGAGAUUCUGAAACAGCGUUCGGAGCUACGGCGUCUGUGUGGUCCUUGCAGGAGAUGACCAAACCUUUCAGGACAUUUUCCGAGACUUUAGUGAUAUGGCAUCACAUGACCCGGAGAAGCUGGCCAGACGAAGAUUCGGCCGCAAAGAAGACGAUGAGAACCCGUGAACGUGUUACAUACUUGGUAGAAUUUUCAUUCUCAGUCUUAAUGAUCACCUAACUCACUCAAUGUCUGGCAGAAUUGCA